AUGACUACACCCGAUCCGACGCCUCAGGUCGUCGUCAUCGAUGAAAAACUGCCACCGGCCGAGGCAGCAAGUGCUAGAUCAACGUCAGGAGAUGAAACAAAGCCCCCGAGUCUGAAUUUUAAUGGGUUAGAGUCAACAAAAAAGAAGAAAUGGCACAAGAGGCUUAACCCUCUGCGAUGGUCCACACCGCCGCCUGUCCCAGAGGAACGAACAGUGUCAAAAGAAUAUGGAGCCUCCUUCCUGAGUGUUGUUUAUUUCCAAUGGAUGUCCCCUUUAAUGAAAGUUGGAUAUCUUCGCCCCCUUGAGCUUCAAGAUGUUUGGACUGUUAACCCGGAACGCACUGUCGAUAUCUUGGCAGGUCGAUUAGAUGCCGCAUUGGAACGUCGUACAGCAACUAACAGUAAACGUCCACUCACCGCCGCUUUGUACGACACAUUUCGAUUUGAAUUUUUGCUUGGCGGUGUUUGUCAGUUUUUCAGUUCGCUUUUAUUGGUUUUCGCGCCCUACUUGACGCGAUAUCUGAUUGAGUUCGCCACGGAGGCCUGGGAUGCCAAAGAGUCUGGAACACCCGCCCCGAACAUUGGUCGGGGUAUGGGCUUUGUCGUCGGAAUCAGUUUGAUCCAAGCCCUGCAGAGUCUAUGCACGAACCAAUUCUUGUACCGAGGUCAGAUGGUCGGCGGACAAGUGCGCGCAGUUUUGAUUUCCUUGGUAUUCAACAAGGCAAUGAAAUUGUCUGCGCGUGCCAAAGCCGGUGGAAAGGCAAGUGACGAUGAGGUAGCUGCACUGGAGACGGCCAGAGACCAAGCUCUGAAAAAAGAUCCUAAGGACAAGUCUAAAGCGGAAGACCCCAAAGCUGCCGGAAAUAAGAAUGGAGUGGCGGGUGAUGGUCGUGGAUGGAGCAACGGCCGUAUCAUUGCCCUGAUGAGUAUCGAUGUCGACCGGAUCAAUCUUGCCGCUGGCAUGUUCCACAUGACUUGGACAGCUCCCAUCUCGAUCAUUGUGACCCUGGUUCUGCUCCUGGUCAACAUUGGUGUCAGCUGCCUGUCGGGAUACGCACUGCUGGUAUUCGGAAUUCCUUUCUUGACCUUUGCAGUUCGAUUCUUAGUGAAGCGCCGGAAGGCCAUCAACAAGGUCACCGACCAACGUGUAUCUCUUACACAAGAAAUUUUGCAGGCUGUCCGAUUUGUCAAGUUCUUUGGAUGGGAAAGCAGUUUCCUUGGUCGUUUGAAAGAAAUUCGCAACCAGGAGAUUCGCUCCAUCCAGACGCUUCUCGCAGUCCGCAAUGCCAUCCUCUGUGUAUCCAUGUCUAUUCCCGUCUUCGCCUCCAUGCUCGCCUUUAUCACCUACGCUUUGACAAGCCAUAAUCUCCAUCCGGCCAACAUUUUCUCUUCCCUCGCCCUGUUCAACUCUUUGCGUAUGCCGCUCAACAUGUUGCCCAUGGUCCUCGGUCAGGUCAGUGAUGCUAUGACUGCUCUGACCCGUAUUCAAGAAUUCUUGCUCGCAGAAGAGCAGAAGGAGGAUAUCAAACAAAUUGAAGACAUGCACAAUGCUAUUGAAAUCGAGAAUGCGUCUUUCACCUGGGAGCGUUUGCCAACUGAGAACGAGAAGCCCGUCACCGGCAAGGUCGACAAAAAGGCCGCCAAGCUCCUCGAGGCAGCCAAAGACAACGAAAAGAACGACAAGGAAGAAGCGGCAGAGCCAUUCAAAUUGCAAAGAGUGAAUCUCGAGAUCGGACGUAAUGAACUAUUGGCCGUCAUUGGAACAGUCGGCUGUGGCAAAACCUCUCUGCUCUCUGCCCUGGCUGGUGAUAUGCGUGUUACCGAGGGCCAUGUCCGAAUGAGUACCACUCGUGCAUUCUGCCCGCAGUACGCCUGGAUCCAAAAUACUUCCGUGCGCAACAAUAUCCUUUUCGGCAAAGAGUAUGAUGAGACUUGGUACAACGAUGUCAUUGAUGCCUGUGCAUUGGCCCCCGAUCUGAAGAUUCUACCCAACGGUGAUGCCACCGAGAUUGGUGAGCGUGGUAUCACAGUUUCCGGUGGACAGAAGCAACGGUUGAACAUUGCGCGUGCCAUUUAUUUCAACGCCGAGCUUGUGCUCAUGGAUGACCCCCUCUCUGCCGUUGAUGCUCAUGUUGGCCGUCACAUCAUGGACAAGGCUAUUUGCGGACUACUCAAGGACCGCUGCAGAAUUCUUGCGACUCACCAGCUUCACGUUUUGAACCGAUGCGAUCGCAUUGUGGUCAUGGAUGAAGGCCGAAUUCACGCAGUUGACACAUUCGACAAUCUCAUGCGCGAUAAUGAGCUGUUCCAGCGCCUCAUGGCAACAUCCGGACAAGAGGACGCCAAUGAAGAAUCCGAAAAGACCGAGGAAGCAGGCGAAAAGGUGCAAGAAACACAAGAAGCAACUACCAAGAAAGCUGCGCCUGCAAAGCCCACUGGCGUCUCAAUGAUGCAGCAAGAAGAGAAGGCUACAUCAUCUGUAGGCUGGAGUGUAUGGAAGGCCUAUAUUCGAGCAUCCGGCAGCUACUUUAACGCUAUCGCGAUUCUGUUCUUUCUUGCUCUUGCGAAUGUCGCCAAUAUUUGGACCAGCUUGUGGCUUUCGUACUGGACCGACGACAAAUACCCUCAUCUUUCGACUGGCGCAUACAUCGGUAUCUACGCUGCAUUGGCCACUAGUGUUGUCCUCAUUAUGUUUACGUUCUCGACUUAUAUGACAACAUGCGGUACCAACUCUAGCCGAACGAUGCUUCAACGUGCCAUGACUCGUGUUCUGCGCGCCCCAAUGUCAUUCUUCGACACUACUCCUCUUGGACGUAUCACCAACCGCUUUUCGAAGGAUGUUGCAGUCAUGGAUAAUGAACUGUCUGAUGCCAUUCGUAUGUACGCAUUGACGAUGACCAUGAUUAUUUCCGUCAUGGUUUUGAUCAUCGUCUUCUUCUACUACUUUGUUAUCGCCCUUGUCCCCAUGGUCAUUCUGUUUCUUCUGGCCUCCAACUACUACCGAGCAUCUGCCCGUGAAAUGAAGCGUCACGAGGCCGUUCUGCGAUCGAGCGUGUAUGCUCGAUUCGGCGAAGCUAUCACUGGUGUGGCAUGUAUCCGCGCCUAUGGCGUUGAAAAGCAGUUCGAGCGAAGCAUCCGUGACUCCAUCGACGUGAUGAACGGUGCCUACUUCUUGACCUUUUCCAACCAGCGUUGGCUCAGCGUUCGACUUGACGGUGUAGCCACCUGCCUAGUCUUCGUGAUCGGUGUUUUGGUUGUCACUUCCCGAUUCAACGUUUCUCCCAGUAUUUCCGGCCUGAUUCUGUCUUACAUCCUCUCUAUCGCGCAGAUGCUCCAGUUCACCGUUCGCCAACUUGCCGAGGUAGAAAACGACAUGAACGCGACUGAGCGUCUUCAUUACUACGGCACCGAGCUUGCAGAGGAAGCGCCUCUGCACCUCGCCGAGGUACCUGCCAGCUGGCCCGAGAAGGGCCGCAUCGAGUUCAAGGACACCCGAAUGCGAUACAGAGCAGAGUUGCCUUUGGUCCUGAAGGGUCUCAGCAUGGACGUGCAAGGAGGCGAGCGCAUCGGUAUCGUCGGCCGAACCGGUGCCGGAAAAUCAAGUAUCAUGUCCGCAUUGUUCCGCCUGACCGAGUUGUCCGGCGGCACCAUCCAAAUCGACGGAGUCGACAUCUCAACCAUCGGCCUGUCCGAUCUUCGUUCCCGCCUUGCCAUUAUCCCACAAGACCCAGCCCUCUUCAAAGGAACCAUUCGCUCAAACCUUGACCCCUUCAACGAGCACGCCGAUCUGGAGCUCUGGUCCGCUCUCCGCAGGGCCUACCUCAUCGGCGAGGAAACUCUCGGCACCGAGCCAGAGGUCGAUCUCCCCGAACAGCCCGCAACUGGAACAACAACCCCAGUCACGGGUAGUGACUCAAAGCCCCGACCCGCCAACCGUCUGACCCUCGAAUCUCCUGUCGACGAAGAAGGUCUGAACUUCUCGCUCGGUCAGCGCCAACUCAUGGCUCUCGCGCGAGCUCUGGUUCGCGAUGCACGCAUUAUCGUCUGUGACGAAGCGACAUCGUCCGUUGAUUUCGAGACUGAUCAGAAGAUCCAGCAUACCAUGGCGCAGGGAUUCCAGGGUAAGACUCUGCUCUGUAUUGCGCAUCGUCUUCGCACGAUCAUUCACUACGAUCGGAUCUGUGUUAUGGAUCAGGGCCAGAUCGCUGAGAUGGAUUCGCCGCUUGCGUUGUUCGAUAAGUCGGAUGGUAUCUUCCGGGCUAUGUGUGAGCGCAGUGGUAUCUCGCGACACGAUAUCAUGACUCGCGAUUAA